AAUUUACCAAACAAGCCUCCCCUGUGGUCCUCUGGGAGGAACGGUAUGUCCGGUUUGUGAGAGAAACAUUCGAAGGUUCUGUCAUCGCGGCUUCCAGUCUUGGUCGGCCAUAGGUAGAACAGAAAAGUACAGACCACAGCACAGACGACCUCGUGUCAUCAUGAACCGCAUAAUGUUCCUGGCGAUUCUCCUCGUCACCCUGGGGUCGAGUUCUGGGAGAAGGGCUGGCUCCCCUGGGAGCGAGCGCAGACGCGGCUGUAAGGAGGGCCGUGCGCGGAAGGUGUUCAACAUGGUGUUGGAAGUGUGUGAUGGCAAGGACUGGAUACCCAUAGCGGCGGAUAUACAGGAGAUGGAAAACAGCUUGAAGAAACUGAACAAGGAUGUUCGCGAGUUGGAGAUGGGCCUGGUACAGAACCCUCCCCGGGGCUGUAGUGACGUGCGCACACGGUACCUGCAGCACACGGGAGAGGUACCGGAGGAGGGAUACUAUCACGUCAGACCCAACACCGACAUGUACAAGGUUUACUGCGAAUUCCCGGAGUCGGGGGCGAGCUGGACGCGCGUGGGAUUGUGGGACCAGUCCUGGGAGUACGACGGCGAGAAGGAGAACCUGACCGUGAGCCUCCUGUCCGACAGGGACCACAAGAUGAUCAGAGAGUCCAAAUUCAGCAAGGUCUCCGUCAACUGCGACAUAUCCCUCAGCUUCAAGGCGGACGGAGUAAACAACCCCACCACGCUGACGGCUUUGGAACUGCAGCGCAAAGAUAACGAGUCACGUAGCGUCAACGUCACCAUUCCAGCGGGAGACAGGGAGAGCUACACAAGGGUUCGUCUAAUGCGGGGCUCCUGUACGAAAUUCAUUUGUCAGGAGAAGAUAGGCCAGCCUACCCAGUGUGGAGAGGGUAGUCUCCCGGCCGCGGGCUCCACUUCUCCCGACCUCCUCCUGACCCACCUCCAGUUCUUACCGGAGGGCAGGCGUCGGAGCUCAUUCUCCUUACAUGGGACGUUUUAUUACGCCUUGUUUGAGUGAUUCACGUUUUAUGUAACGACUGGUGUAGAAAGCUGGUUGGCUCAAUCCGCUAUACAUGUAGUAUAUUGAAGUAGAAAGCCAGACAACACAAUGUCAUUGUUGAAAAGUUGAAUGUCAUCAGUGUAAGAUGUACCCACAUCACUCUGGGAUGCUACAAUGAUAUGCAGUAGCAAUUG